CUCACAGUUAUUUUUUUUUUGAUUUCUAUCUAAACGAGGCGAGCAAACAUUUCUAUCUAUUAAAAGGAGACGGGGGACCCGGAGGAGUCAUCUCACUUCACAUUCAGUCCAACAGCAUAAAACGUUCACCGUGAUUGUGUCACUACCUGGCGGAAGUCAGAAUCUAUUGUUUUUUUCCAGAGCUGCUGCACCGAGAACAUGACGACGAUGGAAUUCGCAGCAGGAAAGGGCUUGAGGAAGAGCCGUUCGUGCAGCACCGGGAGCAUAGCAAGGUCCUUCAAAGUCGUCUUUUCUCUCCUCCUCAAGGGUUUACUAAUGGUUUCCGAGCUGCAUCAUGUGAUGGUACGCCGAGCGAAGGCGUUGGUGCCGACUCAGAAUAAGCAGGAUGAUCUUCAGGAAAACAUGGCGAGUUCGAAAAGUACUCGACAGCAGCACGAUCGCUUUUCUCUGCGUCCGCGGUGGAUGAAGACGCGCGGAAAUCUUCGGGUUCUGCCGCACGAGGACACCAGCGCAAAUUAUAACCAACCGCAGCAGCAGCCAAUUUUUGUAGGUGUACUACAGGACGACGACGAGCGGUCAUCUUCUCCACAGAACAACCCCAAGAACAUGCGGCAGGUGCCGCUAGAUCCUCUGCCUCCGGCCGUCUCGAGGACCUCCAAUUUUCUGCAGGCCGCGAAGCUGAAGCUGCGUAGUACUCUAUUUGUCAACGUGUUUUACUACAUUGCGAACCCGAAGGAAACUGACCAGACGUCGCGCCUCUUGCCUGUGUUUCCGCUCCUCGUGGAAACCUGGUUGGUUCAUUUCCGUGCAACAUCAUCUACGACCUUUAUUGGAAAGAACACUGUAAUCAAUAUCGAGCCCCGUUUGACACUGGUGACGGAUGAAAACGUCCGCUCGUUUCUCCCCGACAUGCCCGCGGAAUUCGACCGGCUUCCGGACCCGCACAGCAAGUCCGACCUGAUUCGCUAUGGCCUGCUCUACACCCACGGGGGGAUCUACCUUGGCACGGAUUUCGUCUUUCAGCGCGACGUGCAUCCGAACAUUUUGCGGUCGCUUGCGCGCGGGGGCUCCUCAGCCGAAGAGGAAAGAAGGGCGAACAAUGCUGAUGGUGAAGAUCGUGGUGCGACAGAUGUGAAGAACAGUACUGAACAUAUUCCCAGCAUUGAGCUAUUUUCGUACGAGAAUGACAGGCAGAACUGCCGGGGUGGAGCAUCUUCAACUACAACUUCUGAGAACGAGUCGCAGAUGAAUCAUGAAACCGUUGUGUAUCGUCAAUUGGCCAGCACAGUCUCCUAUUCGAUGUUUCGCCACCCACUCUGUUUUGCGCAGCAGCGGCGUUGGCUGCGGGGCUCCCCAGUGUAUCUCUCUUUCGCAUUACCUUUUUGGCGCCCCGAACGAUUCUCGGGCGGGCUAGGCAUCUUUGGUAUUGGACGGGUCGGACCUAGCUCUGUCCGGCGCGAUGGAUAGCGCAGGUAGCUGUAGGUAGCAGGAUUGGGGCCCUGGGGUGGGAUGGGCAAUUGCUUGGCUUCCGCAAUCGCUGCGCGUAUUAGACGUCCGUGCGUGGAUUUUCGUACUUCCACUACUACUUCUACUACUCUGUCUCGGACUGCGAAGUUACCUGGCGGGCUCUGGUAUAGAGGGCAAACCGACUCCGGGCGGAAGGAUUGCGUUUUUUUCUAUUGCCGCCACUGUGGAGGUAUGCGCUCGUUUCGCGCUGGCCUGGGCGGCGGCCUGGUUGGUAUGGAUUCCAGUUUUGGGCUACGUCCUAUUCCUUUCGAUUCUUUCGAGGAUGCGCUCCGGCGCACAGCUUCCGGCAUGGACUUUUUCUGUAUCGUAGACGCCUUCCUUCCGGACCUUGGGUUGCUGGGAUCUCAUGCUUGCGAGCUUGAGGAUGGGUUGCUUCUUUCACCGGCUGCUAGCAAUGCGCGUCAAGGCCGCUCUGCUUGCAUUUUUCCCUUGGCUCUCUCACUUUGGAGCGGUUCGGGAGCAAGUUGGUGGUGACAGGGAGGGCUACAGGACGGGAGCGGGAGCAGCUCCUUCCGCUAUUUAUUAUCGGGGGGCACCAGGUACGACCCAGCGUGACACCGACUUAGCGCCAGAGGCAGCGCUAGGGUAGGGAGUCUGGGCAGUUUUUCUGGUCUCCGAGACUUUACUCGUCUGAGGUUUUCGGCUCGGCAGUGGCGUUUUUGCGGCUGGUCUAUUUGGUCAAGCAGGGUCUUUGUCAUCUUGUCUGCGCGGUUCGGGGUGUUUUCGUACAUAGGAGGCAUGAGCGGCUACGGCCUCCGGGGGUGCGGG